GCUCCAGUUCUGGGAUGACUCGCUGGGUGUAAAAAUGCUGCUUUGGAUCCUCUUGCUGGAGACGUCUCUUUGUCUGGCUGCCGGGAAUGUGACCGGGGACGUUUGUAAAGAGAAGAUCUGCUCCUGCACUGAGGUUGAAGGCGACCUGCAUGUCGACUGCGAGAAGAAAGGCUUCACCAGCCUCCAGCGGUUCUCGGCCCCCACGUCCCAGUUCUACCAUUUGUUCCUGCACGGCAAUUCCCUCACUCGCCUUUUCCCCAAUGAGUUCGCCAACUUUUACAAUGCCGUCAGCUUGCACAUGGAAAACAACGGCUUGCAUGAAAUCGUGCCGGGGGCUUUUCUGGGGCUGCAGCUGGUGAAGCGGCUUCACAUCAACAACAACAAGAUCAAAUCCUUUCGCAAGCAGACCUUCUUGGGGCUGGACGAUCUGGAAUACCUCCAGGCCGAUUUUAAUUUAUUGCGGGAUAUUGACCCAGGGGCCUUUCGGGACUUGAACAAGCUGGAGGUGCUGAUUUUAAACGACAAUCUCAUCAGCAUCUUGCCGGCCAAUGUGUUCCAGUACGUGCCCAUCACCCAUCUGGACCUGAGGGGCAAUCGCCUGAAAACCUUGCCUUACGAGGACGUGCUGGAGCAGAUCCCGGGCAUUGCUGAGAUCCUGCUGGAAGAUAACCCUUGGGACUGUACGUGCGACCUGCUCUCCUUGAAGGAAUGGCUGGAAAAUAUCCCCAAGAACGCUCUGAUCGGCCGGGUGAUUUGUGAAGCCCCCACCAGGCUGCAGGGCAAGGAUUUAAAUGAAACCACCGAGCAAGAACUGUGCAGGAAGAACCGGGUGGAUUCGAGCUUAGCUGCUCCCCCUGCAGAGGAGGAAACCUGCGAUCCUGGCCCUAUUCCGACCCCUUUUAAGAUCCAUGGGAAGGAAGAUCCUGCCACCCCGGGGUCUGCUCCUCAUGGGGGUACGAAGAUCCCUGUCAACUGGCAAAUCAAGACCAGACCCACUAUUGCUGGAUCAACCUUGAGUGUGAAAGGCAAGUCUUCAAGCAGUACACCUUGUCCUGCCACCUGCACCUGCCACCAGAUCCCUGGAGGAUUCAAGGUGAACUGCAACGAAGGCAACGUCAGCAGCCUAGUGGACCUGAAACCCAAGCCAUCCAAUGUUCAUGAGCUCUUCUUGAGAGGGAACAAGAUCCACACCAUUCGGAAGUCGCAUUUUGUGGAUUACCGGAAACUGAACCUGUUGGAUUUGGGCAACAACAAUAUUGCCACCAUGGAGAACAAUACCUUCAAGAACCUUUUGGAGUUGGUAUGGCUAUACAUGGACAAUAACUAUUUGGACAUUCUGUCACGGGAGAAAUUCAAUGGCUUGCAAAAUCUUGAAUACCUAAAUGUGGAAUUUAAUGUCAUCCAGCUCAUCAUGCCAGGGACAUUUAAUGCCAUGCCUAAACUGAGGGUCCUCAUCUUGAAUAACAACCUUCUAAGGUCCCUCCCUGUAGAUGUCUUUGCUGGGGUUUCACUCUCCAAACUCAGCAUCCACAACAACUAUUUCCUGUACCUGCCGGUGGCAGGUGUGCUGGACCAACUCACCUCCAUCACCCAAAUAGAUCUGCAUGACAAUCCUUGGGACUGCAAGUGCCCCAUUGUCCCUUUCAAACAGUGGGUAGAGAUGCUGAGGCCCAAGGUGAUGAUGAGUGACCUGAGAUGUGAGACUCCAGAGGAAUUCUUCAAGGAGGACUUUGAAUCUCUCUCCAAUGAGGCCAUUUGCCCUCAACUCAAAGUCCUGCCCACCUUGACUUCCACCCAUAAGAACAGCACCGGCUUGGCUGAGACUGGGACUCACUCCAACUCCUAUCUAGAGACCAGCAGGGUCUCCAUCUCAGUGCUGGUGCCUGGCCUUUUGUUAGUUUUUGUCACCUCUGCCUUCACGGUGGUUGGCAUGCUGGUCUUCAUCUUGAGGAAUCGGAAGCGCUCCAAGAGGAGGGAUGCCAAUUCCUCUGCCUCUGAAAUCAACUCCUUACAGACAGUCUGCGACUCCUCCUACUGGCACAAUGGACCUUACAAUACAGAUGGUGCCCAUAGAGUGUAUGACUGUGGCUCUCACUCCCUAUCAGACUGAGACCCGAGAGUGGGAAACUACAAAAAAACUAAAAAUAAGAAUAAUUACAAAUUUAAAAGCAUAUAUGGGCAAUCAGUUCAACUUCAGCAGCUAGCAACCUCAAUUUCUCUUCAGUGGUCCUUUUUCCCUGACCUGUGCAUUGCUGUCUCGUCUGCAGAUGUGAAUAGACCCUGAGAAGGGAUGGGGCUUAAUCUCCUAAAGCUACCUUCUGGUGGAAAAUGUCCUACCCACUCACAAAACUGGGCCCAACAGCUGUGAGUGGAGGCUUGCCUUCCCCUAUCUUUUUUUUCCCCUUUUUUUUGCCUAGUCCUAAUCUGAGGCUCUGCUUGGUGUAACUGUGCAUAACAAGUGAGAAAGAAGGAAAGGUUCUAGGAAAAGCCCAGGAUGGCUCAACUUGGGGGUGAGAAAGAGAGAGAGAGAGAGAGAGAGAGAGAGAGGGAGAGAAAGAACAGGGAAGAAAGGCAGUCUUCUACAGGAUGGCCCACAAUCAUGAGGAUUUAGUGGCCCUGUGUGUGAUGGGGAAACAAGGGGUUCCCCUUGUGCUCUCCCCAUUGUGAACAAAGCAGAAGUUAUCCAGUUGCACGAAGGCAUGAAUGUAUUGUAAAUAUAUGACUCUGAUCUAGAACAAACCAACCCAAGUUGCUGCAUGGUUCGCAUGGAUACAAAACCACCCAGGGACGCUUCGGACCCAAAAUGGAAGCAGCGUCCAGUUCACCUCUUCCUCCCUCUUACCUGAUAAGUUCCAUCGUAUCAAACUUUCUAUAUCCAAAAUACAGUAUAAUAAGAAUUUUUUAAAAAGUGCCAUUUUGCCAUUAUUUUUGUGUGAUUGCUAGGCAGUAGAGAUCGUCCUUUUACUGUGAAACAAACAAGGAAAAAAUGUAAAGAUUUUAUUUAAGACAUGUUUGCAUGGCUAUACUCUCAUGGGUUUAGGUUUUUGCAUUUGGGGUUGCAGAAAAUUUCUUUGUUGGGCCAAUUUUCUCUCUGUUGGGGGAGGGGGGGAGGGAGCCAAUUUGCUUCUGGUUAUUUUUGAGUUUCCAUUGGAAGUCAACAUCUCCGAUAAUGCCUUCCCAUCUGAAUGUAAAACCGAAAACACAAAUACCCAUGGCAUUUUCUCUGGUGAUAAAAAGUGUUACAUAUUUGUUUGGGGCUUUUUUUGUUAAAGGAACAAACAUCACUGCUGCCGCCACAAAAAGUCAGAAGCAGCUAAGCAGGAUCAGUUAACAUCACCUGAGUGCUUCAGCUUCGAAGUUGAAUGGGAGAAGAUUUUUUGUGCUCUUGUAAAUCACACUCUUUAAACAAAAAAAUGACCUGGAGGAAAAUCUGAGCUGAGGGAGAAAAACAAAACAAAACACAAGCGAGACUUACUAAUUCUAUCUGAGGAUUUUAUAAUGGCAUAUUUUUUCAGUAUUAAAGUGAAAAUGUUUUCAAA